ACCACCAGAAUCCUGCUAGAUAAUUAUGAACAACAAAUUUGAUGCUCUGAAAGACGAUGACAGUGGAGACCACGACCAGGACCAAGGCUCACCGAAAGACAACGAAAAGGAAAUAAUUGAAGAAGACGACAAGGACCAGAUCACUAUCAAGAAAAAAAUGGUGAUUCCAGGAGCAGGAGAGCAUCCUCUUCAGUACAACUACACCUUCUGGUACUCCAGGCGGACCCCAGGCAGACCAGCUAGCACGCAGAGCUAUGAGCAGAACAUCAAACAGAUUGGCAGCUUUGCCUCGGUGGAACAGUUUUGGCGUUUCUAUAGUCACAUGAUCCGGCCUGGCGACCUGACAGGUCACAGUGACUUCCACCUCUUCAAAGAAGGCAUUAAACCCAUGUGGGAGGAUGACGCCAAUAAAAUGGGUGGGAAGUGGAUCAUUCGUUUGAGGAAAGGCCUGGCAUCUCGGUGCUGGGAGAACCUAAUCCUGGCCAUGCUGGGCGAGCAGUUCAUGGUGGGAGAGGAGAUCUGUGGGGCUGUGGUGUCGGUACGCUUCCAGACAUGUCUCCUCUCUAUGCUUCAUCAGGAAGACAUCAUUUCUAUCUGGAACAAAACUGCUAGUGACCAGGCGACGACGGCUCGCAUCAGAGACACCCUGCGCCGAGUCCUCAACCUUCCUCCCAACACCAUCAUGGAGUACAAGACACACACAGACAGCAUUAAGUAUAGCCUGGGAAGACUUCCAUGGUCUGGUGAAUGCUAGUGGCGGACGUUAGCCCCCUACACAGAGAUGCUCUGGGAAGAGUGUGUGUUUAUGUGACGUGUUGGGGGUUGGACAAGUCCAGGGAACGAUUCCUCUGCGUGGGUUGGCUCCGGUCAUCAUGAAGACGGAGCCAAAGUCAGGAACAGGGGCCCAAAGACCAUUCCCUUUUUUGUCAAAUUGGACGUGUGUAGGAAAACCGGUCAGCGAGUAGCUGAAGAGAGAAAUACUUUUAAUUGACCAGAAAAAAACAACAGCCAUUUUGUUUUUCUUUAUUUUUCUUUUUUUCAGUGUGUCUUUUUUAUGCAAGUUGUAACAUCUGUUUACUUGCCACCAGAGGGAGGCUGUGUUACUGGAUUCGGUCAUUUGCUGUUGGUAACAACUCGACAAGAUGCAACAAAAUCAGUCUGAUAUAAAACUAGAUGUAACUUUAUUGCCUACCAUGACAUCACACCUACUCUUGAAAUAAGCCUGUACCAAUCAGUUUGUGGGACUCAAACAGGGUUGCUGGUAGACAAUAUUUUAUUACAAAGCUGUAUUUUAAUUACCUCUGGUCAGUUUUGAACUUGGAUACUAUUGUGUACAAUUUAUUUGUAAAUAUGGUCCACUUCGAGAUCACUUAUUGGAAUCAGCAAUGAUUCUUCACCUUUGACCUGAAAGUUGAAUCCCACCAGACCAUCCUGUGUUGGACAGAUGCUUGUAUGAGCAGCGUCUUUAAAUUGAACUUCCGAGCUGCCUAAAUCACAGUGCCUGGCCUCACGCCUGACCGGUCCCAGGUGUUUCUUCUGUAGGCUGCGUCUUAAGUCCAAAUGGCCACGGAAAGGACUUUGCUUCAUUGUCUUCAGCAAAGGUGUAUUGGCGUCUUCAGACACCAACUUUCGCCCCAUUUUCAUUUUGUGGUUAAAGAAAUGAAACUGGGCCCGGGGGAAGGGUCUGUUACAGAUUUUAUAUUGGAGGGUGUUGUUUUUUUUCUGGAAGAAGAGCGAAAAAGGUCGUUCGACAAACGGUAAUGCCGCCAAAAUGUUGGUGUGAUGAUGAAACAGGUGUAUGUGUCAAGUGAAGAAGCGCUGUUGGAUGUACACCUGAUGGAUUAUAGCAAUAAAUGUUAUAUUUGCAUCUGC